CGAAAGCCAAGUGCGCGCACCAUAGGCCGCAUAAUUUUCUAGUGCAAUUUCUAUUUAAGUAAUUUUAGUUUUUAGCCCAACGUGAUUGCCGCGUUCGAAAAGUGACUACAAUUUCCUGGGUGAAGUUCUGUUCCUUAUAUUCCAACUACGCCAAGUGCAAUAAAUCCGGAGAAUGGCAGCCAAGCGGAAUGCGGUGACCACGGAAGCGCCGGAAUCGUCGGCGCCCGGCGAAGGUACCGCCCUGGCCCUCGACUCCCGCCUCUCCAAAAAAGUGGAGAGCGUCAUUCCCAAAAAGCGCCAUGAAGCCCUCAAGUGGUUUGGAUGGGGCUACAACGACUCGCAGUUUUAUGGACAGGAUGGCAUCAUUUGUUUUCGCGGUGAAAGAUAUCCCCUCGGUGGCUGUGACUUACCCACCUUCACAAAAUGGGUGGAGAAAAAGUUCGAUCUGAGGGUGGAUGCCACCAAGCCGUAUCCCCAGUUGCCAAGAUCGUAUCCUCGUCCCGUUGAGAAUGCUCCUUUUCUGCAGGAACUAAAAGGCACCACUGAGGUGGAUCACUCCCUGGAGGGAAUCGAUCGCCUGGUGCGUUGCCAUGGCCAAACCCUCAACGAUAUCUACAGCCUGUGGCACCACAAGUUCCAGAGGAUUCCCGAUCUGGUGGUUUGGCCUCGUUGCCACGACGAAGUUGUCCAGUUGGUUCGGCUGGCACACAAACACGAUGUGAUGCUGGUGCCUUUUGGUGGAGGAACGAGUGUCUCAGGGGCCAUCACCUGUCCCCAGAACGAAAAGCGGAUGAUCGUCGCUCUGGACACCUCCCAAAUGAACCGAUUGCUCUGGUUGAACAGGGAGAACCUCACCGUUUGCUUUGAGUCCGGCAUUGUGGGUCAGGAUCUGGAGCGAGUGUUGCGGCAGGAGGGAUUGACAGUGGGUCACGAACCGGAUUCCUAUGAGUUCAGCACCUUGGGAGGAUGGGUGGCCACCCGGGCAUCUGGCAUGAAGAAGAACGUCUACGGGAACAUUGAGGAUCUGGUGGUCAGAGUUCGGAUGGUCACUCCAUCGGGAACCCUGGAACGCGAAUGCAGUGCGCCGCGUGUGAGUUGCGGUCCGGAUUUCAAUCAUCUGAUCCUGGGAUCUGAAGGAACCCUGGGUGUGAUAACCGAAGUGGUGCUAAAGGUGCGUCCAUUACCAAAAGUAAGGCGCUAUGGAUCCCUGGCCUUCCCCAACUUCGAGCAGGGAGUGCUCUUCAUGCGCGAAGUGGCCCGGAGAAGAUGCCAACCCGCCUCCGUUCGUCUGAUGGACAACGAGCAGUUCAUGUUUGGCCAGGCUUUAAAGCCGGAGAAAUCCUUUUGGGCCAGCGUGGUGGAUGGCCUGAAGCAGCGCUACGUUACCUCCUGGAAGGGCAUCGAUCUCAACCAGAUCUGUGCAGCCACCCUGCUCUUCGAGGGCGAACUGAAGGAGGUGCAGCGCCAGGAGGCACUCAUCUACGAGAUCGCCGACAAGUUCAAAGGGUUUCCCGCGGGCGGACAGAACGGCGAACGCGGCUACAUACUCACCUUUGUGAUUGCCUAUAUUAGGGACUUUGGUCUGCAUCAAGGAAUUGUGGCGGAGUCCUUUGAGACUUCGGUGCCUUGGGACCGCUGUAGUCUGCUCUGCCGCUCGGUCAAACAGCGAGUGGUAUCUGAGUGCCACAAGCGCAGCAUUAUCUUCUACACCAUUUCGUGUCGAGUGACCCAAACAUACGACGCCGGAGCCUGCAUCUAUUUCUACUUUGGAUUCCGCAGCACGGACGUCACCGAUCCCGUAGAGCUUUUCGAGGCCAUCGAGCACAGUGCCCGGGAUGAGAUCCUCUCAUGCGGCGGAUCACUAUCCCACCAUCAUGGUGUGGGCAAAAUCCGCAGUCAUUGGUACCGCAAUGCAGUCACCGAAACAGGGAGUUCACUGUACUCGGCUGCCAAGCGGCAUCUCGAUCCAAAGAACAUCUUUGCUCUGGGCAAUCUCCUGCCCCUGGAGGAGGGUCAUCCCAAGACAGAGAUUCCACCGACACCGACACAAUCGUCACCACCAAAGGCCAAACUGUAGAGGGUAGCCCACUGAAGAGUGCGCUUAGUUCAUUUACUAGUCUUAGUCACUUCACCGAUUUCCUAGUCGCUCUUGGGGGUUCUAUUCAAAUAUGUUCGGGUCUCCAGGUACCUUUUUUGUAGCGGGCUCAUGUUUUCUAUGGGUUUUUAUAAAUAAACGGAAUAUUUCUUA